GUCAGCCCCGGAUCCUUCCUUGUGGUGUGAUCCGAGCUCAGCCGGGCUCAGAGUCAGACCUGCCCUCCUGUGCCCGCAGCCGCCGCCUCCCCGCCGGGCUCCAGCUGAUCCAGUCCCUCCGCAGCCCGCACCACUGCACCCACAGCAAAAUGGCGGGGUCCCUGGUAGAAAGGGAGACUAUGCAGAUGGACAGCAGACGACUAAGCAGCCCCUUAGGGUCACCGGUGCAAGCGGAGGUCAUCUUCCCGCGACUGACAGUUCCUUUCUGUGGUCACAUAAAAGGCGGCCUGAGACCAGGGAAGAAGAUCCUCAUAAUGGGAAUCGUCGGCAUGAACCCAGAGAGUUUCGAAAUCCAGUUGACAUGUGGAGACUCAGAAUAUCCACCAGCGGAUGUGGCCAUUGAGAUGAAAGCAGAAUUCACCGAUAAGCAACUGCUCAGGAACUCCUGUGUAUCGGGAGAGUGGGGAGAAGAGGAGUCUGCAAUCCCUUAUUUUCCAUUUAUUGCUGAUCAGCCAUUCAGGGUAGAGAUUCUCUGCGAGCAUCCUCGUUUCAGGCUAUUUGUUGAUGGACACCAGCUUUUUGACUUUUACCAUCGUGUUGAACUACUUUCUUCUAUUGACACUGUUAAGAUCACUGGAGACCUUCAGCUUACUAAACUUGGUUGAUCUUUUGGGAAGAGUCUAAUGUCAGCAGUGGACUGAGAGCGAACCUCCAGCACGUGAGGAGACAGCCUUCACUCCCUCUGCAGUGAUUUCUGUGGGACUGCAGGACUAACGGAGCCACCGUCGGCCAUUCUGUUUUUGCCAUAUCAGAGGUGGCUGUCUGUAAAAUCAAAAUUUAUUGGCUUGGAAUAAUCUUUUCAUAACGCAGCAGCUCAUUUUUUUCUUCAAUUUUAUUUUUCAUUAUUUGUAACUUUUUUAUUUUUACUUGGCGUAAUAGGAUGAAAUGGCGUUUAGGAGGUCAUCUCUCAUCUGUGCAUCGUCUUCAUACUUACCCAUUCAUGGUGCCCACAAUAAAGCCAGUCAGUAACGGGAACACUGUUCUUGUGAAUGUUGAGUAAAGAUGUAUCUCACAUUUGGAUUGUUAUAUAGGUUUUUUUUCUUACAUUGCAGCAAACUGUUAGAUUGGAAAUAUGAAUUUGCAUUUCCCUAGAGCUGGAAACUUACUAUCCAUAUUAAAUAACCUUAAAUCUGAAAAAUAUGUUACUGGUGAUUGAAGCUGCAAUCAUCUAUGAUGACAGCUUCGGUACCUAUGUCCAAGACAACACUUCCUGGCUCUGCUCUCAGUCUUUGAACUAUUAAAAUAGGAAUAUUGGACCGUAGAGAGCCAAAUCAACAAAUUUCCAUACCUAUGCCGCAAAAAAAAAAGAAAAAUCUGUGUUUUUGGAGUCCCAGUGCACCUACUUACAGAGUUUGCACCUACUGACUUGUCUGUUUAGUAACUAAGAAUUCUGGCGCAUAUAUUUUUUAUAUAUAUUAUGUAUAUUUAUUAUUAUUUCUAGAAGUUAUAAAUGAAUUACUAGCAGUUUGCAGUGAAGGUCCAGAUGGGUGUCACUAGUUGGGAAGGGGGUACAGUCCGACACUAUCCAAUCAGUGCUACCUAUUUUGAGUGCAGAGACACCCCCCCCCCCCCCAAACUGGUAACAACCAGCCAGACCUUCGUUGUAAACUGCUAGCAAUUCAUUCAUAACUUUUUGCAGGAAUAAUAAAAUAAUUUUAAACAAAAAAAAUUAUAAAUACAGGGACAUUACUGAGGCAUUAGAAUAGAUGCUAAAGAAUUGUUAUUACAUGGGGGACAGACAUGUCAGAAGAGGUGAAAGGUCCUCAAGAGCAAGAUAUGAAUACAUUUGUCGUAGCAAUGUAAAAAUGCUCUAGCAAACCAACAGGCUGCAUUAUCAUAAUAAUAUAAUGGCAAGGAAGUGACUAAACUGUAAUUCAGUAUCCAGAUGUGAACGCAAAAAUGGAACAGAACAAAAAAGAAAAAAAAAAACUAUUUUUUUUAUUUUUUCCAUUUUCCAGUUCAAGUUUUGAUUACCCAAGAUCCCCUUGCACUAAUCACUGGCUGCUGAAUACAGGUCAUAAAUAUUGUGCUGCCUGCAUGUACAGUAUACACACCGGGGGGGACAUGCACCAGAAGUGGCAGCAAGUAUAGGGCCAGUAUUUAUUCCUGACUCAUAGACAGAUAGCUCGACAUGCAUACAGAUUUUCUACUGCUGGGUCAGACAUUAUUCAGCCCAUUUCUAGUCUUAAAGGGGUUGUCUGAGUUCAAUAAAAACUCGGGUAGCCUUUUUAGAUGUGCUAAAAAGGACAAAAGAAGAGAUACUCGCCCCUUUCCUUCCCUGCCACAUCCAGCACUACACUCCGGUCAUGUUUGUUUUCCUGGCUGCAGCAGUUAUGUCCUGUGUACUGCUGAGGCCAGUGAUUGGCUGCACGGUACGUCACCCCUGCAGCCGGGAAGAUGACAUCAGCGAAGGUGAGAAAAGGGGUUUGACUUAAUUUGUUAUUUCACAAGAUCUUAUCGAACUUGGACAACGCCUUUAAGCAAUAUUUCUAAGCUUUUCAUUUCCCCUCUACUUCUAUGCUCUAUGUUCCGAGAUUACUUAUAUGCUGCAAAUACAACAGCCUACCAAGCAUCUGCCUCCAGGGUGGGCAGGUACAGAUUACUGACUUGUUCAUGUUGUCCCAGCCAUAUACACUACAGUAUUACAAUGUAAAAUAUAUCUCCAUUCAUCCUAAAUUAUCCUUAUAAGACACGCUUCACUUAGUACGCCCCCCUUAUUAGCUAGACAAAGAGUUGUUGUGUGCACUGCUCUGGAGGACUUAGCGUGACCUUGUAUUGCUCAGCUCGCCAUUCAUAUGUGUAAUACCGCUUUUCUCCUGCAGUGGCCGCCAUAGGAGAGACGUGUAGACACUCACAGCUUUCCUUGGUGAUCACAACCCGAUCAUCAGAGGGUCCCUGGCUAGAGAAGAUGUCGACUAGAUGGGACAGCCCCUUUGACUGCAGUCAUAUGUAAAUUUUAAUUUAAUUUUAAUGAAAAAACAUAUACCUAUGUGUUCACACAUUUUCCCAUUAUUUUAAAAAGUUUACAUCUUAAUUUAAAAUCAAGCCCUCCUCCCAUUAACAAAACAUUUGCCAUUGUUUCAUCACCAUUGCGUCAUGAUCAUGUCAUCGUCACCCAGUUGUCACUCACUUCUUCCAUGCUCGUCAGCCACGGCACACACUAGUGCAUUUCUCACGAUUUUCAGGGUAGUUGCGCUUCAUUCUAUUAACUUAAAUGCAAAAAAAAAGUCAGCGUUCAUACAAAUAAAGGAGGUUUUGUGUGAAGUCAUUGUUUUUGCACUGAAGUGAAUUAGCAUAGCACAAUGAUAUAUUCUCUAUCGUCAGGGUAUUUGCAUAGAAUGUAGAUUGUUUGUUUGCACAGUAUGUUGUCUACACCUUUAUGACGCUUCCUUUGUUGCUUUAUUAUCCAUUGUACGUAGCGUUAGAUCGGCAAGCAAUAUUUUCCCUUUUUUAGGAUACAAAAAAGAAAAAUCACAAGUUGAAUGUACACCUGUGCAUACUAAGCAUCUCAUGUACUGAGAAUAUUUAUAGAUAUUUUGGAUAUACUUGGCUAGUCGUUCUGGUUGAGGAAUGUGAUUUUCAUGCUUUCUAAAUUUUUGUAUUGACUCACAAGUGUUGAGACGAUGUUGCUGUUUUUUUUUGUAAUUUGUUAAGAAUUCUGACAGCGAUUCCACAAAGUCUAUUCUGAAAAAUAAAAACACUGAAAAUGGG